AUUCUUAUCAACUCACACCCCAAAGAACCAAAAAGUCCUCAUCCCAAUCAAACCUAUCCAUCCGCCACCAACCCACCCUUUCCCCUUCUCUCAACCUCCUCCCUAUACCAAAAGAAAGAAAAAAAUGUGCAUCCAAUACUCACGAAAAUACUCCUGCGGCUGCUCCAUCAAAGAAGAAUUCCGCCAGUGCGGAAAACGCAGCGGCACAAAUGUCAAAUGCCAUCCCGUGGAAGACAAAGGGUUGGAGAAAUCGGGGCAUUAUUGUCGUGCACAUAUGGUUGCCAAGGGAAGUGGGAACGAGGAGAUGAAGAGGGUGGUCAAGUAGUAGGGUUUUUAGAAGGCUUGGGUUAGUGAGGGGGGAGCAGGGAGUGGAAAGUGGGUUAUAAGGAUUCGUGGGGAUUGGUAGGGAUGGGUUGGGAUGGUUGGUCGGUGGGUUUUGGAGGAUGCAUUUGGACAUUGGACUUGUGUGGUGGCCAUUGGGGUUGGGUUGAUAUUUGAUUAAUGGUAGAAAAGUCGGUCUCACAUGUACGGACAUUUCACAAGUCACAUGUCGCACUGAGAUACUGGAACGAUGAUUUGAUCAAAAGCAAAG